CAUAGUUGUCCUCUAAAACUCCCUUCCUUCCCCCCUCCUUCUUAUAUAUUAUCUCUCUCUCUUUCUUUCUUUUUUCUAAGCUCUCUGCAAAGAAGGCUGACAGUGAACAGAGAUACCCAUUUCGAUGAUAAUGGAGAAUCACCCUGAUCCGUCCGUAUCUGACCCUCAUCAGGAACUGGUUUCCCAAACAACAAAAAAGGGUGGCCUUAUAACAAUGCCUUUCAUUAUAGCAAAUGAAGCUCUGGAGAGAGUGGCUAGCUAUGGAUUGUUAGCCAAUAUGAUUCUGUAUUUGAUAGGAAGCUUCUACCUCGGAGUAGCCAAAUCCUCUAAUAUUGUCUUUCUAUGGUCAGCUGCUACCAAUUUCAUGCCUUUGAUUGGGGCUUUCAUCUCCGAUUCUUAUCUGGGUCGUUUCCUUACUAUUGGUCUUGGCUCCAUUACCACUUUCUUGGGAAUUGUGUUGAUUUGGUUAACGGCUAUGAUUCCUCAAACAAGGCCACCGCCCUGUAAUCCCUUCACUGAGAAAUGCAAACCGCCAACUUCAUCUCAGUAUGCUCUGUUGUUAGCCAGUAUGACUUUGAUGUCAAUUGGAGCAGGUGGAGUUAGACCGUGUUCAUUGGCUUUUGGUGCAGACCAAUUAGACAAAAGAACAGGAAACAAUUCAAACAAUCAGACUGUUUUGGAAACAUUCUUUAGUUGGUAUUAUGCCUCAGCCGCUUUUGCCACUCUAGUUGCUUUCACGGGUAUUGCUUACAUUCAAGAAAACGCAGGAUGGAAAAUUGGUUUUGGAGUUCCUGCCAUUCUCAUGUUUCUAUCCGCCCUUUUGUUUUUCCUUGCUUCCCCAUUUUACAUUAAGCAAAAACCCAACAAGAGUUUGUUCACCGGUUUGGCUCAAGUGAUUGUCGCUGCUUAUAAGAACAGAAAACUCGCAUUCCCACCAGAAGAUUCAGAAGGAUGGUAUCAUCAUGGAAAGGGUGUCACCCCAAUGAAGCUUACCAAGAAACUCCGGUUCUUAAACAAAGCCUGCAUAAUAAGGAGGCCAGAGGAGAUCAAACCAGACGGAUCUUCUCUACAUCCAUGGAGACUUUGUACCGUAGAACAAACCGAAGAACUAAAAGCAUUGGUUCGAAUCAUUCCUCUAUGGUCAUCCAGCAUUGCCAUGUCUAUUAACGUCAGCCAAGGCACGUUUCAAGUCCUCCAAGCGAAAUCAAUGAACAGACAUAUAACUUCUGGUUUCGUAUUCCCAGCAGCUUCAUUCUUCAUGUUCCUAAUCGUGAGUAUAGUGAUUUGGCUCAUUGUGUAUGAUCGCGUUAUAAUUCCAUUAGGAUCGAAAUUACGAGGGAAACCAUUUAAGAUUGACCCGAGAGUUAGAAUGGGUAUGGGCCUUGUAUGCUCUGCAGUAGCCAUGGCAGUUGCAGCUAUAGUGGAACACAUGCGAAAGAGAAGGGCGAUAAAUGAAGGUUACAUAAACAACCCUGAAGCGAUUGUGAACAUGACAGCAAUGUGGUUAGUACCUCAAAAUAUCUUAAAUGGUAUAGCUGAAGCCUUAAACGCGGUUGCGCAGAAUGAGUUCUUCUAUUCUGAACUACCUAAGAGCAUGUCGAGUAUAGCAGCCUCAAUGAGCGGUCUUGGGCUGGCAGUUGGGAGUUUGUUAGCGAGUUUAAUACUUAAUAUCGUGAGUGAUAUUACACGAAAAAACGGGGAACAAGGAUGGAUCACGGAUGAUAUCAAUAAGGGCAGCUUCGAUAAUUAUUAUUGGCUUCUAACAGUAUUGAGCUUCAUUAACAUGUUCUACUUUCUGUACUGUAAUUGGGCUUACGGCCAUAGUUCCUCUGAUCAGUCUGAGACAUCGGCUGGUGGUUACGAAAUUCAUGAUGCAAUGGCGGAAACGAAGAAGAAGAAUGAAGAUGAAUUGUUGGUUUAUACUAAUAAUAAGAUUGAAAAUGGUGCAGGGAAAGAAGAAGAAGAAGUGCUUAAAGGUGGAUUGAUUAAUCUUUAAAGUGUUAGUUUUGCUGACAUUAAUUUUGUAUCAUCUGAUAAACAAGUAAGUAUUCGACAUGUUCUAGCGAUUUUAAAAGAUUUCGUUAGAUAAAUGUCGAGGUUUUUAAACAAGCAAUUGCUCAAGAAGAUGAAGGAAGAUGCUGCUGCUGCUGCUAAAAAGAGGUUGUUUGUGUUCUAUAUAUAUAGAUAUUAUUAUUAUUAUAUAAUACAAAUAGAGAUAAAUUAAGAAAAUAGAGUGUUUAUGUUUGUAUGUGUGGUGGGUGUGUGAAAUUGUAUUAUUAUUAUUAUAUAUAUUUAGAUUGGGUUGGUUUUUCUUUCUUAAUUUGUAAAUUUGCUGGUUGGCAUGUUCUAUGUUAUGUUCCUAAGUUUAAUGUAUGUGGCUCUUAUUA